AUGAAGUUCCUAAUUCUUCUUUUUGCAAUUCUUGGAAUAUGGGCUUCUAAAACUACAGCAAGAACACUUGUUGAUGAACCCCUGAUGCUAAAAUAUGAGCAAUGGAUGAUUCAAUAUGGACGUGUAUAUAAAAACAAUGCUGAAAAAGAUAGUCAUUUCAAGAUAUUCAAGAAAAAUGCAGAGCGAAUUGAAGCUUUUAAUGAUGCAGCAAACCAGCCUUAUAAGUUGGGAAUCAAUGCAUUUGCAGAUUUAACUAAUGAGGAAUUUAGAGCAGCUCGAAAUGGCCUGAAGAUUCCAUUUUGUGAACCAAAAAUUACCUCAUUCAGAUAUGAAAAUGUGACAGCAAUUCCAACAACUAUGGAUUGGAGAAUAAAGGGUGCAGUCACACCAAUUAAGGAUCAAGGACAAUGUGGGAGCUGUUGGGCAUUUUCUGCAAUAGCGGCAACAGAGGGGAUUACCAAACUCUCGACAGGAAAGUUGAUCUCGCUAUCAGAACAAGAAUUGAUGGACUGUGACAGAAAUAGUGAAGAUCAAGGAUGUGAAGGCGGUUACAUGGAAGAUGCAUUCGAAUUCAUAGUGAAAAACAAAGGCUUAACAACUGAAACAACUUACCCAUACAAAGCUGCUGACGAAAAAUGCAACACCAAAAAGGAAUCUUCCCAUGUAGCAGAUAUCAAAGGCUACGAAAAAGUACCCAAAUACAAUGAGAAAGCACUCCUCAAUGCUGUGGCAAAUCAGCCAAUUUCAGUGUCAAUUGACGCCAGUGACUUUUCCUUCCAAUUCUACACGAGUGGAGUUUUUACAGGAACGUGUGGGACGGAGUUAGAUCAUGGUGUUACAGCAGUCGGAUAUGGAAAAGCUGAAGAUGGUACUAAAUAUUGGUUGAUUAAGAACUCUUGGGGUAGUAGUUGGGGUGAAAAUGGAUAUAUAAGGAUGGAACGUGACAUUGAUGCUAAAGAAGGGCUAUGUGGGAUUGCCAUGGAUGCCUCUUAUCCAACUGCUUAA